UUUCGCUUACUUAUGUCCCGUGCUGUCUAAUCGUUUGGAGCUCUUUCUCUCUCUCUCUCUCUCUCUUCUUUAUUUACAACUUCAUUCUUUUUUACAUUUCUUUGUUCGAAAAUUUCUCCUGUUCUCUCUUUUGUUUACAUAACUUUUCUCCUUUUAUCCCUUUUGCUGCAUUUAUUGAAGUGGGCUCCGGUUAGAUAGCUGUAUUUGUGAGACUACUUCUUUACAUGCACAGCGCCAGCGUCAGGAUUUCAGCGGUGACCAUUAAAGAAGAAGAUGCAUUUUGUGGCGACACAAAAAGCGUAUUCGACGUCAAAAAAUGCUUCGAGAAAACUUCUUCACCAGAAACACCUGGCGACAGUAUUGAAAGCGAUCAGAACGAAAAGUCCCGCUUGACGGAAGAAUUCCACCACAUGGCGAUUGAAGAAGAUUAUGUUGAUGUCGAUGGGGAGAAUAGUUCAAAAGUAGAUAAUAAUAAUGAUACCGAACGUGCCAUCAUCAAGAAAGAAAGAGGUGGUGAUGACGACGACGACGACGACGAUGAAGACGACGACGAAAAAAAGAAAGAGAAAUGGCUGCCAUCAGCAACGGCAGAAGCCAUGGAAACUUAUGAAAACACAUUGACCAACAUAUACCUCGGCCAAGCAACCGGCAAAUCCAUUACGGGUGAAGAAUCAAUGCCCUGCGACUGUCGCUACAACCCCCGAACGGACGAUCCAGACGCAGCGUGCGGCGACGAUAAUUUCUGUAUCAACCGAAUGAUGUUCAUGGAGUGCACUGAAAAUGAUUGCUCAUGCGAACGUUUCUGUCGUAAUCGGAGGUUCCAGCUGAGGCAGUAUGCACGCGUGGAUGUGAUCAAGACCGAGAAGAAGGGUUAUGGUCUCCGUGCGCUAACUGCUCUUCCAGCAAAUGCCUUUGUGAUGGAGUACAUUGGUGAAGUCAUUACUAAUAGCGAGUUUAUCCGACGCACCAAAACGUACGAGGCGGAAGGAUUGUCGCACUAUUAUUUCAUGACACUCAAGACUGAUGAGAUCAUUGAUGCGACGAAAAAAGGAUGUUUGGCGCGCUUCAUUAAUCAUUCCUGUAACCCAAACAGCGUUACGCAAAAAUGGGUAGUAGGCAAGGUCAUGCGCAUUGGUAUUUUCACCCGUACUCCGAUACAGGCUGGCCAAGAAUUGACCUUUGAUUACAAAUUUGAGCGUUAUGGUGCGGUUGCUCAAAAGUGCUAUUGCGGAGAGAAGAACUGCAAAGGCUUUAUUGGAGGCGUUUCUGACGAACAGAUGGAAGAGGAAGCUGGUGAAGUGCAAGUGUUACCGACAGACGACGACGAUGAAGGAACGGCGGUAACAGCCGCAGCAUCAACACCUAACGGCACUCUCGUCGAACCAGUAAAGAAGUUCAAACGGAAACCUGGACGACCACGCAAUCCGCGCCCGCUCAAGGACGAAGACGAAGUCAACGAUCUUGUCAAGAACAUGUUGGAUUCAGUCGGCAAAAUGCAUCUCGUCGACAAACUAUUGCACUCGCUCGUAUUGACAAGCAAAGAUGUAUUGAAAAAGUUUGUUCGAUUACACGGCCUGCGAUUGUUGAAACUUUGGCUGGGUGAAUGGAAAAGUUACGACGACAUUAUCGAGAAAGUGCUUCAUGUUUUACAGCAAUUACCAUUAGCGAAUCGAAACGGAUUGGACGACUCUGGCAUGUUUGACGUUGUACAACCGUUCACGGAGCACAGUAACGAAGAGAUAAGAUGCGUGUCACUUGCUCUGCUUGAAGAUUGGGCUCAUCUGAAUCGAGUUUAUCGAAUUCCAAAAAGAGUGGCGGCUGAGCCAACUCUUUCAGAAGAAGAAGGAGCAAUCGAUGCUCAAAUUGGAGUAAAGCGUACGAAUGAAGAUGCACCCGAAGGACCAACAACAAAGCGUGCACGAUUCCAGUCGACUCGAGAAUUCUUUGAUCCAGAUGACGACUAUUACGAGUACUUGUCGAUGGAUGCGAACUCUAUGGAAAUUUACUGGCGAAUGCAAUACCCACCUGUGCCCAUUAUUCCAACCGGUCCACGAGCUCAACAACAGCAAUUACACGCGCCACCCACGUAUCCGUACUACUACGGUCCGAGACGCAGUCCAGAAAAACGAACCUAUUACAACAAACACAACAUGGAUAUGACCGCAGCAGCUGCAGCAUACAAUUCGUCUGUUGAUAUGAAGAAAGCAAUGACACAUUCAGAUCCAAACGCUGUUUAUGAACCACGGCUCCCCACAUCCACAGCAGCACAACAAGCCGCCGCUGCUGCCGCUUCAAGUGUUAGUACAUCGGCAACUCCAUACGAUACCACAAUGAGCACGCCAUUUGAUCCAUCACGCUUGCCGACAGGUCCAGCAGCUGAUACAAUCGAAUCAACUAUGCCGAAAUUGCCACCCAAUUGGCGAUGGGCGACUGACACCAACGGCAAUGUGUAUUACUACAAUCGUCUUACUGGGAAAACGCAAUGGGAAAUGCCCGAGGAUAAGGCGAGCUCGAUCGAAGGUGUGAGUCAAGCAGAGAUUGAUGGAUUGGUGGAAAAGGCGAUCCUGGAUGCUCAAAAGAAGAAGGGCAGUACUCCGGUCGAAUCAAAGCAACAGCUCACAACUUCUUCGACAUCUACACCUAUUACUGCUUCUGCCACACCUACAACUUCAGCUACUGCUUCUACUCCAGAUCCUCGUCGACCAUUGUCGUCUUCUUCGAAUGGUGACACUGCUUUAUCAUAUUCGUCAGCAGCAGCAGCAAAACGCAAAGUACUGAAAGAUGCGGAACUCAAACAAGAGAUAAGUAAAGUUGUGACCCGGCAUCUGAGUGCGAAAAAAACGUUGUGGAAGAAUGACAAGACUGUGUUUAAAGAACUUGCUCGCAAGCUUACGCAUCAUAUUGUGGAUCGAGAAAACAACUCUUCGCGCAGAAUACACAGCAUGAACGACGCGUUACGUAGCAAAAUCGAACGAUUUAUCAAUGACCAUGGUGCGGAUUUUGCAUCCAAGUUGGAUCGAAAGUCGACAUCCUCAACAACAACAACAACAACAACAACAACUGCUCUUUAUAUAUCAUCGACUACAAAGGAUAACGGUACGAUCCGAUCUCGGACCCAAUCCACGCCAGCAUCGUCUCCGGACGCUUAUUAUCGGAGCCAUGGCAGCGCAUCCCCGUCACAUUAUCGACCCACACAUUCACCUUAUCAUUCGUCCGCAUCCCCCCCACGGCACUCAUCUUCUCCUGUAUAUUACGCACGAAAGCAGCAUCAUCCCUCUUCUUCUUCCUACUCCUCUUCUUCCUCUUCUUUCCAGUAUCAUCCAGAAGGUCACCGUGCACCUCUCACUCAUCAGCCCCCAUCGUCCAGAAGCUCCUCGCGUCGAUCAACACCCGAUGCUCUGUCCAACAGGUACGACGGAUGAUGGUGAUAUGACUUUGUGAUUGUACUUCAUGAUUCCCCCUUCGCCCUAUAGCAAAAACACCACCGAUUUCUUUUCUUUUUCCCACGUAAUGACUCGAGCUCUUUUUCCACACACACACACACACACACAAUUACACACAAUUACACAUUAACCCACUCAACAAAAUUACACACCAUCUGUACAUAAGAAAAACAACGAAU